GCCAGUCGGUGCUUGUCUGUGGACCGUGCGGUUUGGCUUGCGUGCGCGCGUGUUGUGCUCUCCUGUUAUCAAUCACGUACUUUAUCACGAUAAUAUAAAUUUUGUGUCACACGAGAAAAGACCGGCUUCGACACUUUCGACCGGGCAGCUAGGUGGCGAGACAGUGUCGAUCUUUAUGCAAAUGCUACGACCAGAAUCGUGCUGAGUGGUUAGAGACGACCGGAUUCACACCGUAUCGUGCCCCGGUUCACACUGCCCCAAUCGCGAUAGUGCCAGUGAUCAGUGAAUUUCAGUGAACCAGUGUCUACAUGUUGUGCGGUGCCGACGUUGGAAUGUGUCUCAUCCGAGAAGAAAAUGUGAUCUAAAAACGCCGUGAAACUACUAGAGUGCAGCCGAAGCAGAAACCCAAUCAGGAAAGUCAUGUACUUGCUGCUCAGGGCAGUGAUCGCGAUUUGGUUUCUGGGCGUAGCCACAAGGCAAGAAGUGAUCGGAAUCGGGAAAUACCCUCUUCAGGUACACAGGAUGUACCGCGAACGAGUGGCAGAGGGUCUUCUGGGAAUCUGGUCGCAAUGGUCAUCCUGGUCGGAGUGCUCCCGAAGCUGUGGAGGCGGCAUCUCAACGCAGACCAGAGAGUGCAGACCAAGAGUUGAAGGAAGACACAAACGAAAAGUUUCUGGAGGACACUGUAUUGGAAUGUACAAGAGGAUGCAUAUCUGUAAUACCCAGGACUGUCCCCCUGGCAGCGUGGAUUUCCGCCGCGUGCAGUGUGAGGCCUACAACGGCAAGUUGUUCAUGGGACGUGCCUACACUUGGGAGCCCUUCACCGACGCUGGGAACGAAUGUGCACUAAACUGCCGCGCACUGGGCUACCGAUUCUACGCGACUCUGAACAACAGUGUGGCCGAUGGCACCUCCUGUAGGCCGAGCAGCAAGGAUCGAGCCACCAGAGCCAUCUGCGUCGGAGGAAUGUGCAAGAGUGUGGGCUGCGACGGAGUGAUCGGGUCGGAGCGACGACUGGACAGCUGCGGCGUCUGCGGCGGCAACAACAGCACUUGUCGCGUCGUGUCGGGUCUCUUCACGCGGCCACAGCUUCCACUCGGAUACAACCUCAUCACGCAGAUUCCGCGCGCCGCCUGCAACAUUUCCAUAUCGCAUCUCAAGCCCACGCGCAACUAUCUAGCACUGAGACGUGUCGACGGCACCUAUGUGUUGAAUGGCAACUGGGCGAUCAACUGGUCGGGAGACUACGAGGCUGUGGGAACCAAGUUCGUGUACCGUCGCGACGCCGGGGAGUCCAUUGCAGCACCAGGGCCUCUCGACCAACCCAUCGACCUUAUGUUAAUCUAUCAACAGCCGAACUCAGGUAUCAAAUACCAAUACCAACUUCCGAUGUCACAAGCCGAUUCGAUGCUGUUCCCUCCACAGGAGGCUCCAAUCGCACCUCCACUCAUCAACCAGCCCCCAGAUGGUUUGAAUAUUCCGAGUGAUGGAGUACCUUCUGGCAAUAAUGUGGACUCUUACAGAUGGGUGGGCGGUGAAUGGAGCGCGUGCUCGGUGACUUGCGGCGAGGGAGUGCAGACCCGCGAACUGGUGUGCCGACAGGAGAUCACCGCAGACCUCAUCAUGACUGUGGCCGAAGGGGCAUGCCUGCGCCCCCCUGCGCCCCACCUGCAGCGGACGCGCGCCUGCUUCCUCACCCCCUGCUCCCCCAAUGACGCCAACCUUGGUGCGCCUGCCUGGUUCUACACUGAGUGGUCGCAACAGUGUUCAGAAGGGUGUGGAACAGGAGUGCAGACAAGGAAGGUUCACUGCUCUGGCGGUCAGUGUGAUCCGAGCACUCGGCCAGAGGACAGUAGAGCUUGCUCCAGUGAUAAGCAGUGCGGACCAAAGUGGUUUUCUGGCGCUUGGACUCAGUGUUCUGCAGUGUGCGGCUGGGGCCGGCAGAGUCGCGCGGUGGUGUGUGUGGAGACAAUAGGUGGCAAGCAGCACAUUGUGCCAGCCGACAGCUGCCAGCUCAACCAACGACCCGACAUCGAACAGGACUGCCAGGUGCAGCCGUGCGGCUCCCAGUGGUACACCGGCGAAUGGGCCACUUGUUCAAAGCCAUGUGGAUUGGGAGUACAGAAGCGAGACCUGAGAUGUCUGGAUGAACACGAACUAUUCUCUACAACUUGCAGUGAACAGAAAAAGCCAGCUGUCAGACGAUCUUGCAAUGCUCAUCCUUGCACAGGUGAGAAGGAAGUGAUAAAGACAGAUGCUUCACCCGUCAAUGACAGUAAUAACCCAGGAGAACAAGCUCCGGCUGACAAUACAGAUAAUCCAGACUGCACGGAUGUUUUUCCCAACUGCCAGCUUGUAGUACAAGCACGACUUUGCAAGUACAAGUACUACAGAAGCUCUUGCUGCCAAGCAUGCAAAAACAAGGCUUAAAUCUGAGUCAAAGUCAAAGAUUAUUACCUUCUACUGAACUGUGAUUUGUUUGUGUAAUAAGUUUAAUUUUGUUCUUCUAUUUAGUUUUAUUCUAAUCCGAAAAGUAAAAAUCAAUUCCUAUCUGGUAUUAAUAAAAGUCAUCCAGUAUCCUUCUUAUUUGAUAAAAUAGAAAGCUACUUGAUCACUUUUAUUGCAAUAAUCCCAGUAAUGUUACAUUACAAUUCCGUUAAUAAGUUUCUUGUGUUGCAUAACUUUCCAUUCAAUCAUGAAAUUUGUCAAAUAGUGGAUCUUUAUAUUUGUUGCAAGGGUAGGUUUACUAUGAUUUGACAUCUACAAAAAAAUGUUUAUCGUUUCUAGCUAUAUGCCUGAAAACAGAUAAGUUACAUUUUCCACUAUUUUCAUGUACAGUAUUUUGAUAUAUGAAUUUCAAAUCGGUGGAUAUUAUUCGAUAUAUUUCACAAGCCGUUAGUAAAUUUAUGAAUAGAAAUACAUUUGCAUUGAAAACUAGCUACGGUAUUGGUCACUUAGUGAAAAUAAUAUAAUCACCUUUACCCAAACCACACAACUUUAAAAAAACUGUUUCUACAGUACACAUGAAAUCAAACAAUUUUUUAUGUAUUUCAUGUUACUAGAAAAUAAUAUUUGAGUCCAUUUUGAAAAAAAUCGAGUGUUUCAAUGAACAAAAAUUAAUCUUAUUAAAAUAAUUUUAUUAUUGAUAUUGUAUAGGUGUGAGAUGUUAGUGAGCAUCUAUAUGUUUGUGUGAAUAUGUGCGUGUGAGAAUCAGAGAUAAUAUUAUGAAGUUGUAAAUUAUUGUAAAUGUAUUGUGAAGUAAUCGAUAGUAAUGUACAGUUUUAGUUUCUCAUUAUAUUUGUUAUUUAUCUGUGUUUAUUCAAGGUGUGGCUGCAAACUAAUAAUGUUGAUCCAACUUUGAAAAUAAUUUAAGAUCUUGUCUUUUUCUAAUAAUUAUUAUAUGAUUGUAUAUCCCUUAUUUCCAUGCUAUUUUCAUAGCACGUUAAAAAGCAACAGAAUAUUUGAAGACCCUCUAAUAUUAUGUACAGCUCUUCUGUUGGCAAACCAAUAUGAAAUAAGUUGUGCAUAUUUCUCAUUGGAUAAUUUAUUACUGAAUAAAUUUAGGUGCUUCAAAUUUGAUUUCAAUGAUCAGAAUCAUUCAAAUUUGAUUUCAAUUGAAAAUUUAGAAUACAUUUUUGUACCGUACAUGAUUCGAUGUACUUAUUAUUUGUCAUUCCAUUCAUGUACUCAAGAUAUGAAACCAGCAAUAUUAAGAGUUGAAUUUCGAGUGAAACUCUCUGGCUUCACAAUCACAACAGGUUUUUCUAUUGAAAGAGUCAUGAAAAAACUUGAAGUAUAUUAACUGUAGGUAUGUCAAUAUUGGAAAAAAUAAUAUUCAAUGCUUUCUUUGGUAUUUCACCUGACAUCAAAGAAGUCUAUUAUUGCCAUUGGGAUAGAUAAAUUAUUUAAUUUCAGUUUGCCAAAUGUAUAAACUGUAGAUAUAAUACUAUAGGUUUUAAGCGAUAUCAAAAAGAACCAGUAUUUUAUAAUUUAAUAAUAUGAGAUGAUAAUGUACUGUAUUUUGUUUGUAUGUUGUAGAUAUUAUGUAGAUAAAUUAUAUGAACGUUAGUUGAUUAAACUGAAGUAUUCAAUUGUUGAAUUGAAUGAAGCCCACAAAAUAAACCCAGCUGCGAUGGAAGAGUAUCUUUAACUUCCAUGGAAAAUUAGAAGAUUAUAAUGUUUUACCGAUGAAUUUUAGCUUGAUAUUUAUGUGUAAAUAGAGCUAUCGCUAGUCGAAAUUAAUGUCUUCAAUAAUUGUAAUCCAGUAUAAUUAUCACAAUGUUUUCAAAAAUAUACUAAAUCGCUGUAAUACAAUAGGAUUGAUAAGUUUUUAAGUAUUCUAUUCGUAAUUUUAUCAUCAUCUAAUGUGGAAGUAUUUCCAGUUCCAGUUCAAAAAGCUCUUCCAUUACGCAAAGCUCCAGAAACACUUGUUUGGACAAAUGCGUAAUGCGUAAUAAUGCUCUUGAACGUGAAUAUCUCAUCAAAAGAAAUGUCUAUGAUUUGUUAAAAAUAAAUUUUUCAUUAUAGAUGAUAAGAAUGAUAUUGAACUAUAUUGAGCUGUUGAUAAAUGCAGGCUAGAUCCAACUUUAACAUCAUGAAUCAUGCCUAUUCCAUAUAAUAGCCAACAAGAAGGUCUUUAUCCAAAUAUAUAUGAUUUUCUCUCGAAAACUGUAAAAAUGUGUUUCACUCAAGUUAAAUGUCAUUGAUGAAAUAAAAAUAAUCGAUAUUUAGAAAGAAAGAAACCAGAUCAAGCAUCACUAGAAAAGCUUUAGCAUUUGAAUCAGUAAGUUACCUAUUAAUUGUUAAACUAUGAUAUAAUUUUGUCUUAGAGAGCAGAAAUAUAGCCACAGCAUUUGCAUCACUUUUUAUUCUGGGAAAGCUUCAUAUUAAAUGCAUAUAUAUCAUAUAGGUAAUACUUGUUUAAGAAUUCCCAUAUUUUAGAAUCGCUUCUCAAUUUUAUAUAUUUCAAAUUCUAUCAUAAUAAGUUAGAUCUUAACACACUUAUUUGCAACAAACCAAGAGUUUAUUAUUUUGUGCCAAUAAUCAUUAAGUUUUCCUGUUAAAUUAAUUGUAUAUUGUGAUAAUUUUGAGUUCAUAUUGAAUUGUGUGUUUUAUAUUAUUGUUGUAGAAGAUACUCUUAAUAAAACUUUGUCUUUUUA